UAUGUAAGUAGCAUCCUGGGCGAUCCAACGUCCCGGGAUCAUGAAUCUCUGGGGUGCAAUAGAUGUCGCUCAUUUUAAUCUCCGCCGAGCUGUUUCUAAUUCCAGAACUUGUACCUUAUUAAUCAGGAAGCCGAGUCUCGGCCCCAGCGAUCAUAUCCGUUCUCAACCCCCGGAAGGCUCACACAGUUAACUAUUGUCCUCAACAACACACAGCUUCGUGGGCCUCCCUCAACUCCAACUCUACUACGCAGUUCAACCGUGACUUCACCCAACCUAUAAGCCGAGAGAUCACUAAAUACCAAAUACUGGCACUAAGACCACCAACGCAAGCAAAUCAUCAACACCAAAACAUCAAUGACGACCCUCCCAUUAAACCCCCCAAAGGCUCAGGUACCGCUACUAUCAUCAUCUUCGUCACCUUCACUCUCACAAUCCAGAACAAAGCACCUUACGUCUGUUCCAAAAGCGGCAAUGCCACCAUCACCUACCAUGACUCUCGACCCAUCCUACUGCCAUCCAGUUUUCUUCACGCCAAGACUGCGGAGAAGUCCGUCUUUUACACUUCAAAAACCCGGACCUAGUGGCGCAUCAUCGUCGCAUGCGGUGAGCCCGGUGGUUCAUGGGUAUAUGUUCCAAGACGCGCAAAGGCUUCAGAAGCAAGGGGUUGUGAGCCUGGGAAAUAUGGCAAUUGGGUCGGCGAAGGUUGCUGGGGGAAGUUCGAGGCUAUGAGGAUGCUGGAUGAAAAUCGGUGUGGAUGAGGAGGCGUCAGAUGCGAGACAUACAGUCGGGACUCGGGAGCAUUUCUGACGCCCCAUGAUGGUGAAAUUAUGAGUGGUGUGUUGUUUACAACGAGAUUUACAACCCGUAUCACCAUUAUCGUAUCUCAGGAUCAAGGGGCGUUAUAGAACGGACUUCGUGCGGUCUCAAGCAAUCACUGAUGAUCUCAAGCCGAAAUCAAGACAGAAUAUGUACAAAUACCUUUCAACUUGGCAUUACAACAUGCCAAUUCUCUUCCUCUCGACAACUCACUCGACAACGGACCACCAAGCACCAGUGACUAACCAACUAGGCCCCUAGCUAUACACUAGGUCUUUCACCCUGAUCUUUCAACGUUGUCAAUGAGACAUAUCGGCAAGCGAUUCAGCAAAGGGCAAGUUCAAAUCAUCAACCAAACCAGACUCACAGACCCUCACCAUGGCCCUCGCCCGUUUGAUUCCUGACAACAGUGCAAUUUUCGACUAAAGGAGCCCCGUCCGCUCCGCCCCCCCAGGUGUUUGCCCGAUCUAUCCGCAUCCGUCUGGCAACGCGACAGUCCCCUUGACAAUCUGACGACAAUCACGAUAUGGCAAUACGACGUGGCGCGUCGCCCAAGAAUGGGGGGCAAACUAUUGAUGAGGCAGCGGUGAGGGGUCUGGGGGUGCUGGUUGACUAGGUCUCAUCAUCUGAUUUUUGUUUUAUUUCUUCUAUUCUCCCGGUGAUUUCUUAUGGGCGAUUUUGACGGCAGAGGAGGUGAUGAUGAUACUAAGCGAGACGUUACUGUUAUCGUAGUGAAGCGGGCGCUUUUGGUGGAGAACUUGUGGCUGUCGCUGUUGACGAAAGUAAAGCAGGCGAUGUCCCGCAUUGUCGGACCUGGUGUUGAUGAAAUCGAUGUUUGUAUGAUCAUCGUCGCUCGUCUUUUUAACAGAUAUAUCACGGGAA